AUGAAGUUCAAGAGAGAUGAUUUCAGUCGAGUGAAGCUGAUCUCUCUGCACAACGAUGAAGGCUCGGAUUACAUCAAUGCAAACUUUAUUCCUGGUUAUAACUCUCCGCACGAGUUCAUCGCCACGCAGGGGCCGCUGCCCGAGACCAGGAACGAUUUCUGGAAGAUGGUCCUGCAGCAGAAGUCUCACAUCGUCGUCAUGCUGACCCAGUGUAACGAGCGCAGGAGGGUGAAGUGUGACCACUACUGGCCGUUCACCGAGGAGCCCGUGGCGUACGGAGAGAUUACGGUCGAGAUGCUGUCGGAGACCGACUCGCCUGAGUGGACUGUCAGAAACUUCAGACUGGGAUACGCUGAUGAAACUCAAGACGUUUUGCACUUUAAUUACACCUCGUGGCCUGAUCACGGCGUGCCGACAGUCAACGCCAUUGAGAGCAUCUUACAGUUCGUUCAGAUUGUACGGCAGCAGGUCAGCAGGACCAGAGGACCCAUCGUGGUCCACUGCAGUGCUGGAGUGGGCCGGACCGGCACCUUCAUCGCUCUGGACCGGCUGAUGCAGCACAUUCAGGAACACGAGUAUGUGGAUGUCCUGGGCCUGGUGUCGGACAUGCGCUCGCACCGGCUCUCCAUGGUCCAAACCGAGGAGCAGUACGUGUUCAUCCAUCAGUGUGUCCUCCUCAUGUGGAAGAAGAAGAAGCAGCAAACGCACACGAGCGACGUCAUCUACGAGAACGUCAGCAAGUCCUAAUGAAGUCUGACUCUCCUCACAUCAGCGAUGACAGACGUGUGACAUCGACACCAGAAACCAGCCAAGCGGCGGCCGCAGAGGAGAAUCCUUCACUCAUUUACUCCCAUAGAAGCUCUUAUUUAGUGGACGUACGACGGAACCAAUCCGAUGCCUUAAAACGAGCUGCCGCGUCCUCCCGUCUCCGCAGAGCGAAGGAGAAUGCCGCAGCGCCGGACUGACGCUGCUUCCAUCCGCAUCUAGUCUUUAGUUUGUGUGUGAAUCUCAGGAUCAUCUGGUGCGACACGGCCGGACACGUCAGCGUUCGUUUUAGGCCAGUGUAAAGUGUGUUUCGUGAGUUUGUACCGCACUCUGUCUGUAAUAGUGUUAGUUUUCACGUCUCCAGAGGAGGCCGAGUGACAGAACCAGAUCCUUCUGUCGGCAUGCACAUGUAAACACGUUUCGGACCUGACGGCCUUCAAUUACUGCCAUACACAGACCAUCUGCUUCAGUUACAAAGGAAGAACGGACGCACACGUGCGAGUGUUUCGCACUGAUCAUCUGUGCUACUGUAUGUAGAGAGGCAGACGGUAGCUGCGCUUAUGUGACCGAGUGUUUUAGCCUGUGAUUUCUGCUAAAUCUCCUGCGGGACCGCUGAGCUUCGCUGGCUUUAUCUGCAGGCGUUUGGAUGUUCACUGGACUGGUUCCAGUGGCGUUUGCACAGUUCCAGUGCGGUCGGACUGAAUGUGAGCAUCCAGCGGCUCGACUCUCAUCACUGCGACGCUUCGCUGCUGCUGCUGAAUCUGACACUGAUUCCACACGUCGUGUUCGCUGAACGUUAUUAUGGGAAGCCAAACACCCAGAAGUAGGACGAAACAUGGCUCAAUAGACUGAAUGGUACGACUGACUAGACAGCGCAGGGAAGGACGUACAUGGCACAAACUAAUCUCACCAUCGCGGUGCUGAUCAAUUACAACAUUACUCGUACUGCUCCGCAGAAGUUCAUGUGUUUGCCUAGCAACCACCCAGAACACCCUAGCAACCGCAUAGCAACACUUUAGCAACCACCCCGAGUACCUUGGCAACCACAUAG